AUGCCGGCAGGAAACGUGCUUCCAGAUCUGUACUACAUACGUGACCGGUAUUGGCUGUCUAUAUCACUUCUUCGUCAUUUAGUCCGCAUCUAUACCGAUUACUCCGGCUCGCUGCGACUAACAUCACAGCUUUAUCUUGUCAGGCAGCACUAUAUCUUGCCAGGAGGCACAUCAGUCGCGUAUUCAAAGAGCGCCGUCUUACAUCAACACAACAUGUCGACUCUACGAACAAGCUUCGCCAAGCACCGGAAGCCAUGCGAUCUUCCAACAACAGAAUCGACCAAGUCUUUCUGGCAUAAAGAUCCAUCGGCAUUGCUCCUUGGACACCGCUCGACACGGGACUUGCCAAAGACAGCUGACGUCGUGGUCAUUGGCAGCGGCAUUACAGGGACAAGUGUGGCCCAUCACUUGCUCACAGGGGGCGAGAGCGAUCAGAAGAUUGAUCUUGUCCUCCUUGAGGCUAGAGAAGCUUGCUGGGGCGCUACAGGACGAAAUGGUGGUCAUUGCCAGCCCGUCUUUUUUGAGCAUCCACAUGACCCUAGCAUUGGUCACUUUGAGCUAAAGAACUUCGAGACAUUGCAGAGUCUGAUCGAUGAGAAAGAUAUAGAUUGCGAAUUCGUGACUCAACCUGGCGUUCGUAGUGUCUUCUCACGCGGCCACCUCGACCAAGCAGAACAAGCGGUGCAUGUUGUCCAGAAGAAUGCACCAGAGCUUGCUUCCAGGAUGCGGCUAGUCACUGAUCGAGAUGAACUGAGCGGUCUUCGUGUUCCCACAGCUCUAGGUGCCAUUGUUACUAACAUUGCUGCGCGGAUGUGGCCCUACAAGUUCGUUGCGCGUAUCUUGGAGGACCUCAUCACAUCCACCAAGCUCAAUGGCACGUUCAACUUACAGACUCUAACACCUGUCACUGAGCUCGCAUCGGAGGUACACCGCGACCAAGACUUCGUGCUCGUCAAAACUGAACGUGGCACCAUCAAGGCAAAGAAAGUGGUCCUUGCAACGAACGCUUAUACUUCACACUUGCUUCCCCAAAUGUCUGACCUGAUCGUACCCUGUCGAGGCCAGAUGUCCGCCUUGAAACCCUUCCCUUCAGUCUCCGGCGAGGAUCGCCUCAGGACGUCUUUCGGCUUUUCAGGUGAUGGUCUCGAUGACUACCUCAUCCAACGACCCAACGAGAGUGGCGCACAUCUCAUGUUUGGAGGCGGACGACAGCAUGGACCAUCACUGGGCAUCACGAACGACAACCAGCUCGACCAGAAAACAGCAAGCUACCUUCGAGGCCGCUUGGUCGACGUCUUGAACCUCCCAGAAGGCGGUGAGAAGACUUCCUGGACUGAGAUGGACGCAACACACGAGUGGACCGGCAUCAUGGGCUACUCCCGAGACGAGAGGCCCUGGAUUGGUGCUCUGCCUGCAGAGCUGUCUCCAUCGCUUCCACCCGGAUCGACAUAUCUGGCAGCCGGAUUCACUGGUCAUGGUAUGCCGAACACAUGGCUUUGCGGCAAAGCCGCAGCGGUCAUGGCGAAGGAAUCACUCGAAGGCGCAAAUGUCGACGAAGCCAGCGUGAUUGCAUCAAGAGAGACUGGUCUGCCGGAAGCCUACAAGAUCAGCAAGAAGCGCAUCGAUGCUGCUAUGGAGUUGGAAGAUGUCGAGGCCAAAGGCUGGGCGGAGACGGACCGUGGCGCAAGAGCCAAGAGGCCAUUUACGAGUGGAUUUGCUUGA